AUGGAGAAAGUGAAAUGGGUCAACAAGACGACCAUCACAGAAUUCAUUCUUCUGGGAUUUGGAAACCUUCAAAAGCUGCAGAUGCCUCUCUUUCUGUUGUUUCUUCUUGUCUACAUUGUGACUGUAGCUGGGAACAUCACCAUAGUUUCCUUAGUUGCAACCAACAGACAACUUCAAACUCCCAUGUACUUCUUCUUGGGAAACUUGUCCUGCCUAGAGAUCUGUUACAGCUCAACUAUCCUGCCGAGGAUGCUGACAAGUGUCUUUGGUAGAGACAAUGCAGUGACAUUCAAUGGAUGCCUUAUACAACUCUAUUGCUUUGGCUUUUUGGCAACUGUGGAAUGUUAUCUUUUGGCUGUGAUGGCAUAUGAUCGAUACCUAGCCAUAUGCAAACCAUUGCACUAUGUAAUUAUUAUGAAUGCAAGAGUAACCAUUCAAUUGGCAGCAAGCUCUUGGUUAUGCCCCAUUAUUGUUCUGGCUGUAGUUAUACUGUUAAUCUCAGAAUUGACAUUUUGUGGCCCCAAUGAAAUUGACCACUUUUUCUGUGAUCUCAAUCCAGUGAUUCAUCUCUCUUGCUCAGAUGUCAAACUGGUCACAUUGGCAAUCUUCAUAAUAGCUUGCAUAGAUACUUUCCCCCCAUUUCUACUUACGCUGACAUCUUAUGUAUUUAUCAUUACCACCAUCCUGAGGAUCCCAUCCACCAACGGUAAGCAAAAAGCAUUUUCAACAUGCUCCUCUCAUCUUACUGUAGUGACACUUUUCUAUGGGGCCCUAAUUAUGGCAUAUGUCUUACCCAAAACUGACAGCCUGAGGGAUCUAAAGAAAAUAAUCUCCAUUUUUUACACUGUGUUAACUCCCCUGGCCAAUCCUAUCAUAUACACCUUGAGAAACAAGGAGGUGAAAGAUUCCCUGAUAAAAGCCUUUGAAAGUGAACAGGUCUCCUAG